AUGACGCCCGGCAAACAUUCUGGUGGCACUGCCCGAGCCGCUAACGCCAGGGUUUGGGGUACACAGCAUCCAGGAAAGGAGUUGGUCGACCACUCCCCAGUCAGUCGCCACCAUGGUCAACUCUCCUCAGCCAAGCAACCGCAAGCCACAGAGCGUCGGGGUGUACAGAUUCAAAGUAAGAGGAAAAUUAGAAUUAACCAAAAUUUGGGCUUUGCUAGUACCUACAGUGAAUUAAGAUCAUGGGAAGAGAACAUCGACCCACAAACAAGGAAGUCUAUUAGCUUUACUAGUCCCAUAAAAGUGACUCCACCAAAAGGAUAUGCUGGUGCAUACCAAAGCAGAAUGGCUAUGUCAAAAACCAUGGUUGUCCUACCUGAAGUGAAAGUGGAAAAAGUGAAUGCUUCCUCCACCAAGGUGAUUGAUGUAAACGGAGUGGAUGUUACUCCACGACCGCUCUACCAUUCAGAUCAUAUUGGUGCAGCAAAGCCAAAUAAAAUACUCACAUCACAAGAAGGAUCACUUGCAUCGGAAAUUGUAUCUUCCUAUAGCUUUUAUCAGAAUACGAUGAACCCAAGUUUAUUAGGACAGUUUACAAGGUCAGUUUUGGGAAGCAGUAGUAUUUCUAAGUCAAGUAUAUCAACAAUUGAAUCAAUAGCAGAAGAUUUAGAAGAACCAUCCUAUAAACGAGAAAGACUGGUUAGUUAUACAGAAUUACGAGUUGUGAGGACAACAGCUGAAAAAGUUGUAACAAAAGAAGACUUGGAAAAAACCAUAGAGAUAAUACUCACAGAAACAGAAACACUGAGAUUGUUUGACCUGCCGACAGUCAUGGUCUCUGUGGAGUCUGAAGAAGCUGAGAAAGUAAACCAGAGAAACAAGAAGUAUGAAACUCUUUGUAGAAAUCGAGCAGGCAAUGACUUAUAUGUUGAAAGGAUGAUGCAGACUAUUAAUGGAGCUCCAAAGAUGAAAGAAGUUCAGUGUGACAAAGUCAUAAUGGAGGACAAAGGCAUACUGUCCACUGCUUGGGAUUUGUAUGAUUCUUAUAGUGCUUUAGAAUCUUCAUCUUCAUCAAUAAAACCAUGUAUCGUUGAAUCUUGUAAAGCAAAUGCACCAUCUAAAGAACGAGACCAAAGAGUACCAGGAAGUACCAUAGAAAAAAAUAGUGAAGCAAGUUCUCUAAUGGAUAUUGAAAAUGUAAUUCUCGCUAAAAUCCACGACGAUGAAGAAGACCACUCAGAUGCAAUAUUAAAAUCUGACAAGUUCCUUCAACACUUAUUUUUUAUGGAACGGGUUUUAAUGGAAAAUGUAUUUCAGCCAAAACUUGCAGCUUAUCGUCAGCUUCCUGUUUUAAAAGAACCAGAACCUGAAGACCCUGAAGACUUUUUACAAGGUGAAAAACCUGAAGAGGUAGAGGAAGAAGUUAAGAAAGAUGAGGAAGAAGAACUUGAACUAGAAAUAGGUGAACAACAAUCAACAAUACCAGCCAAUUUGGAAAGACUUUGGUCAUUUUCCUGUGACUUAACCAAAGGCCUAAAUGUGAGCAGCCUUGCCUGGAAUAAAACAAAUCCAGACAUUCUGGCUGUUGGCUAUGGUCACUUUGGAUUUAAAGAGCAAAAAAGAGGAUUAGCUUGCUGCUGGUCUCUAAAGAAUCCCAUGUGGCCAGAGCGUAUUUAUCAGAGUCAAUAUGGAGUUACUGCUGUGGAUUUUUCAAUUGGCUCACCUAACCUUUUAGCUGUUGGUUAUUACAACGGCUCCAUUGCCAUUUAUAAUGUACAGAGUAACAGCACCAUUCCAGUUCUGGAUAGUAGUGAAUCUCUUCAAAAACAUUUGGGACCUAUAUGGCAAAUACAGUGGAUAGAACAAGAUCGAGGAACAACUGGUGAUGACAAAAGAGAAAUAUUAGUUUCAAUAUCAGCAGAUGGAAGAAUCUCCAAAUGGGUUAUACGAAAAGGACUGGACUGUCAUGAUUUGAUGCGAUUGAGGAGAACUACUACUAGCAGCAACAAAAAAGGAGGGGAAAAGGAAAAGAAAGGUGAAGCUUUUAUAUCUCGACAGGCUCCUGGAUUGUGUUUUGCUUUUCAUCCCAAGGACUCAAAUAUCUAUUUGGCUGGUACUGAAGAAGGUCAUAUUCACAAAUGUUCUUGUUCAUAUAAUGAACAAUACCUAGAUACUUAUAGAGGACAUAAGGGUCCAGUGUAUAAAAUUGCAUGGAAUCCAUUUUGUAACGAUGUAUUCUUAAGCUGCUCUGCAGAUUGGGGUGUUAUUCUAUGGCAACAGGACAAUUCCAAGCCAUUUUUGACAUUUUAUCCAACUACUUAUGUUGUUUAUGAUGUUGUCUGGUCUCCAAAAUCAUCCUAUAUAUUUGCAGCUGCCAAUGAGACCAGAGUGGAGAUUUGGGACCUUCACAUCAGCACUUUGGACCCUCUGAUUGUGAAUGUUGCUAACCCUGGAGUCAAGUUCACGACGGUUCUCUUCAACAAACAUACAGAUUGCCUGCUAGUGGGAGAUAGUGAUGGGCAGGUUGUUGUAUAUGAAAUGAGGAAUAUGCCCACUGUUUCAGAUUCUGGACGGCAUCAUGCAAGCUCAUUGGCAGACAAGUGGUGGCUGUACUUGAAGUACUCUGACUGGGUCUCCCACGUGGAAGGUUCCAAUGCUCUUUGUAAAUUUGUAGUACUCCAACCUAGAAUCAGAAGUCUAAAUCAAUUACCCAAAUGUACACUUAAAUUAAAACGACAAUGA